UAAAUUGCUAAAAUGCUGGAGUGGUAUAUAUAAUAUGGGCAAAUGAUUAGAAAUCUUUUAUUAUAUCAUGCUGUAAAAUGCAUUUAACAUACCUGUACAAUAUACAUGAUGACACUUUUUCUAGGAAGUAUCUCCACAUUUGUGAUCAUUGGCAGUAUGUGACAUAUGCAUAAAACAAACUCUAUACAAAAACUGAAAGAUAAACAAUCCUACUAUUCUACUUCAAGAACGGAAGAUUACUGUACUUUACUAGUGUAUCAGCGGAAGAAACUGAUUCUGAUCAUCAGAAUGGCUAGUUGUGAUGAAGCAACAAAAGUUCAAGAAGUAAUAGUAGUGGUGGUGCCGUUUCCAGCACAAGGCCAUCUUAAUCAGCUCCUCCACCUCUCCCGCCAUAUCUCCUCUUAUAAAAUUCCGGUUCACUAUGUCAGCACCAUUACCCACACCCGCCAGGCAAAGUCCCGAGUCCACGGGUGGGAUCCGCUCUCCAUUUCCAACAUGAUGAUACAAUUCCAUGAACUCGAAACCCCUCCUUACGAAUCUCCACUUCCCAACCCACAUACCGCCACCAAAUUCCCUUCUCACCUUCAACCGUCAUUCGAUGCUGCCUUGUUUCUCAGAGAGCCGGUGGCUGGACUCCUCUCUGCUCUCUCACCCACCGCCAAAAGGGUGGUGGUAAUUCAUGACUUCCUGAUGGGCUCAGUCAUUCAAGACUUGGCCUCAUUGCCGAAUGGAGAGGCCUACUCUUUUCAACCCGUCUCCACCUUUCUAAUCUCCUAUUACCUCUGGUCAAUCGUGGGAAAACCAACAGAGAUCGACGAUGAGAUUUUAAGGCAGAUACCUUCCAGUGGAACUACUGCCACAAAAGAAGUCACGGAAUUUACUAAUAGGCAGAUGGAGCACCAGAAAUACAGCUCAGGGGCAAUCUACAACACAUGUAGAGCUAUUGAAGCUCCAUUUCUUGAUGUACUUGCUAAAGUCAAUGCUAGACAAUGGGCCAUUGGACCACUCAAUGCGGUCCAGAUAUGCAAUACAUCAAACAAUCAACACCAAGACAAGUGCUUGGAGUGGCUAGACAAUCAAGCUCCGGAUUCUGUUAUAUUAGUUUCAUUUGGAACAACAACUUGUUUAACCGACGAACAAAUCAAUGCCCUCGCUAUAGGGUUGGAAAGCAGCGGACAAAAAUUCAUUUGGGUACUGAGAGACGCAGAUAAAGGAGACAUAUUUACAGGAGAUGUGAGAGUAUGUGAAUUGCCCAAAGGGUACGAAGAAAGAAUAGAAUCAAGUGGUCAGGGGAAGAUAUUGAGAGAUUGGGCGCCCCAGGUGAAGAUUUUGGCUCAUGCAUCAACGGGGGGAUUUAUGAGUCAUUGUGGAUGGAAUUCAUGCAUGGAGAGUAUAACAAUGGGAGUGCCUCUGGCAACAUGGCCUAUGCAUUCUGAUCAGCCCUUUAAUGCCUUGUUGGUGACUAAGGUUCUUAAAAUUGGACUAGUGGUACAGAAUUGGGCAUGUCGGGAUGAGUUGGUAGAAUCUUUGACUAUUGAGAAAUCUGUUAGAAAAUUAAUGGCGUCAAGAGAUGGAGAAGAGAUGAGGAAGAGAGCAGUGGAGUUGGGUUGCGCAGUCAGGAGAUCAGUGGCAGAAGGAGGUGAUACACGAAGAGAAUAUGAUGAUUUUAUUGCUCAUAUUCGUAGAUUUCAUGUAUUUGUAUACUUUACCUUCAUAACUGUUCAAAAUAAAGACUUAAAUGCACAGUGUGAUCAUUGGCCGUGUCUGACAUGCAUAAAUCCACACUCUGUACGAAAACUGAUAGAUAAAACACUCCCCACUAUUCUAAGUCAAGUAGUGCAGAUUACUACUUUACUAGUGUAUCCGCGGAAGAAACUGAUUCCAGUCAUCAGAAUGGCUAGUUAUGAUGAAGCAACAAAAAGUCAUGAAGUUAUAGUAGUGAUGGUGCCGUUUCCAGCACAAGGCCAUCUUAAUCAGCUCCUCCAUCUCUCCCGCCAUAUCUCCUCUUACAGAAUUCCGGUUCAUUAUGUCAGCAGCACUGCCCACACCCGCCAGGCAAAGUCCCGAGUCCACGGGUGGGAUCCUCUUUCCAUUUCCAACAAGAUGAUACAAUUUCAUGAACUUGAAACCCCUCCUUAUGAAUCUCCCCUUCCCAACCCACAUACCGCCACCAAAUUCCCUUCUCACCUUCAACCGUCAUUUGAUGCUGCUAUGUUUCUCAGAGAGCCAGUGGCUAGACUCCUCUCUGCUCUCUCACCCGUCGCCAAAAGAGUGGUGGUAAUUCAUGACUACCUAAUGGGCUCAGUCAUUCAAGACUUGGCUUCAUUGCCGAAUGGAGAGGCCUACUCUUUUCACCCCGCCUCAUCCUUUAUAUUCUCCUGUUACAUCUGGCCAAUUGUGGGAAAACCAGAAGAGAUUGACGAUGAGAUUUUACAACAGAUACCUUCCACUGAAUCUACUACCCCACCAGAAGUCAUGGAAUUUACUAAUAGGCAGAUGGAGCACCAGAAAUACAGCUCAGGCGCAAUCUACAACACAUGUAGAGCUAUUGAAGCUCCAUUUCUUGAUGUACUUGCCAAAGUCAAUGCUAGACAAUGGGCCAUUGGACCACUCAAUGCGGUCCAGAUAUGCAAUACAUCAAACAAUCAACACCAAGACAAGUGCUUGGAGUGGCUAGACAAUCAAGCUCCGGAUUCUGUUAUAUUAGUUUCUUUUGGAACAACAACUUGUUUAACCGACGAACAAAUCCAUGCCCUUGCAAUAGGGUUGGAAAGCAGCGGACAAAAAUUCAUUUGGGUACUGAGAGACGCGGAUAAAGGAGACAUAUUUACAGGAGAUGUGAGAGUAUAUGAAUUGCCAAAAGGAUACGAAGAAAGAAUAGAAUCAAGUGGGCAGGGGAUGAUACUAAGAGACUGGGCGCCCCAGGUGAAGAUUUUGGCACAUGCAUCAACGGGGGGAUUUAUGAGUCAUUGUGGAUGGAAUUCAUGCAUGGAGAGUAUAACAAUGGGAGUGCCUUUAGCAACAUGGCCUAUGCAUUCUGAUCAGCCCUUUAAUGCCCUGCUGGUGACUAAGGUUCUUAAAAUUGGACUAGUGGUGCAGGAUUGGGCACGUCGGGAUGAGCUGGUAGAAUCUUCGACUAUUGAGAAAUCUGUUAGAAGAUUAAUGGCGUCAAGAGAUGGAGAAGAGAUGAGGAAGAGAGCGGUGGAGUUAGGCAGCGCAGUCAGGAGAUCAGUGGCGGAAGGAGGUGACACUCGAAGAGAAUAUGAUGAUUUUAUUGCUCACAUUCGGAGAUAAAAUCUUGUUUGCAACUGCUUGCCAACAAAGUAUAAAGUGGCCGACUUGUGCGAUUUCACAAUAACUGAAAACAGAGAGACUGGUUGUCCGGUUAUCUUAGUUUCAUGUGUUUGUAUACUUUACCUCCAUCAAUGAAUUCUCCGGUUCCAAGUGCCAAUGCCUGGUAAAAUUUUACCAGUUCCAGUUAUCU